CUGGAAGUUAGUACAAGAAGAGCCGUGGAUUAAGCUGCAUGAAAGCUCGUUAGUGUAUCUCUUUUCAAAAUGGAUAAUAUAUCAAUCUUUUUGUGUUUUGUGAUUGGGUUGAUUUCUUUGAUUUUAAUUUCAUUUAAGAAGCGAUACGCAUAUUGGAGGGAUCGUGGAAUAGCGAACCUAGAGGCCACCAUUCCUUUUGGCAAUUUACCAAUGGGAAAAGUACAUAUCAAGGAUAUUACGGACCCAAUUUAUAAGCAGAAGAAACCUGGUGCUCCUUUCAUGGGGGCUUACUUUUUCAGAACUCCUGUCGUUGUAGCAACAGAUCUUGACUUUAUACAAAAUGUUCUUGUUAAAGACUUCAGUAAUUUUCAUGAACGCGGAAUGUACGUGAAUGAGGAAGAUGACCCUCUUUCCGGGCAUAUGUUUUCUUUGGAUGGUGAGAAAUGGAAAUCUUUACGAGCAAAACUUUCGCCCACAUUUACAUCUGGAAAGAUGAAAUUCAUGUUCCCAACGGUAGUGGAUGUUGCUGAUACACUCAAUUCUACACUAGCCGAGGUUUUGAAGACAGAGUCAGAACUAGAGGUGCGGGACUUAUUAUCCAGGUUCACGACCGAUGUGAUAGGAACUUGUGCAUUCGGAAUUGAGUGUAAUAGCCUAAAAACUACAGAUUCUGAAUUUCGUAACUUUGGCUCCAAAAUAUUCGAUAAACCACUUCAUGGACCAUUGAUGGAGUUGUUCAGGACACAGUAUCCCAACCUCGCAAGGAGGCUUCAUGUUAGGGUUGUGUCGAAAGAAAUCGAGGACUUUUUUAUGGGAUUGGUCCGCGAAACAAUCAGUUACCGGGAGAAAAAUAAUGUGAGACGGAAUGACUUUAUGGACCUUUUAAUACGGUUGAAAAAUGGAGAAGCUUUGGAUGAACGUUCUCAGAAAUUAGGGCGAGUUACCUUCGAAGAAAUCGCGGCCCAAGCAUUUGUGUUUUUCGUUGCUGGUUUUGAAACGUCUUCAACAAAUAUGCUAUUCACCUUGUAUGAAUUGGCAUUGAAUCCAGAUAUCCAAGAAAAAGCGCGUCGAGAAAUUGAAAUUAUUCUUAGUAAAUAUGAAGGGAAACUUACUUACGAAGCUGUGCAAGACAUGGUUUAUGUGGAUCAGAUUAUUAGCGAAUCUCUUCGUAAAUAUCCACCAGGUGUCAUCCUAGUACGCCAAGCAGUUCGGGACUAUCCAGUUCCUGGAACGGAAACAACAAUUGAAAAGGGAACGGCAAUUUUCAUUCCAGUUUUUAGUAUCCACCAUGAUCCGGAAAUUUUCCCUAACCCAGAGGUUUUCGAUCCGAAUCGAUUUACACCAGAACAGAUAAAAGCUCGCCAUCCAAUGUCUUUUUUGCCUUUCGGAGAAGGCCCUCGGAACUGCAUAGGAUUACGAUUUGGCCGAAUGCAAUCGAGGAUUGGGUUAAUUACACUUUUGAAGAAUUAUCGAUUUAGCCCAUGCUCGAAAACUCCAAUUCCAAUGGCUUUUGCUGAGAGGAGACCAGUUUUGGCACCAAAGUUUGGAAUGCAUUUGAAAAUUGAAAAGAUAUAA